AUGUCAGCUUCCAUCCAGAGCAUAGUGGCUGCGCCGCUGCACGCUGUUGCCGAGUCUAACAUUGCUCUCGCGCAUCUAAAUUUUGACUUCUCCUUGGUUAAAGUCGAAGCGCCCGUCGAGCUCCAACCCCUGGGAAAGCAACUCUCCAAGGCCCGACGACAGUCCGCAGAGGAUGGAUCCUUCCAUAUCCUUGCGCGACGAUUAGGUGUGCUAUUUGAUGAUGUUUUACCCGAGGUCCCCGCUCUGCUAGAGGCAUAUGGCACUCGCGCCAGUGAGAUUGUGCAGGAAACCACCCAAAGAGUGCAGAGCCCGAGAGAUAUCGUCGAUGGCUUCUUUGGCACGCAUCUGGGCAUCGACUCCACGACCAUCUGGGCCAGCGCUACAAGUGGGAAAUCGGUGCUCCGCAUACACCUUCUUGCCUGUAUGCUGGCUCGCCUUUGGUCUCCUCAGGAAGCUACCGCCAUCUGGUCGGAAUUGGUCACUCAUCGCCAAGCGGUCAUUAGAAGCCAGGCCCAGUCACUCGAGAUUGUGGACAAUUAUCUAGCUCAGUUGGCUGCUGCUCACGAGAUUGAAGGCACUUUGCUGGCAAACUGGGAUUCCAAGCAGAUCCAAGUGCAGUUGAUUAUGAACAAUCUUUCCGUGGCAGUCAAAUCUCAAACAUCGCCGAAUGAGGGAUCAUUCAAGAAGAUCAAUUGCUAUGACAGUGUACUGCUCAAUCUUCACCGCGCGCUGACUACACUGGAGAAGUUAGUCAAGGGUGAGCCACGAAGAAUAACAGACGGAGGAAUUCUGCUCGGCUUGACGUCGUGGCAUCUCUACCCGGACCUCGUCGUACUUGGCUCAACCACGAAGGAGAUACGUCAGAAAGACCUCUUGGUCAAAGAGGGCGGGAUUGUCACGAUAUCAAUCGCUUCUCAGCUUGACCAGCAUGCCGACGGGGUGUAUUGGUCUUUACCACUGGCAAGUCUCCGAUAUCAUGGCACUAUUCAACGAGAGCGGUCCACGAUGCACGACUCGAGGAUCUCAGUAGAGCAGCUACAAGCUCUAGCACUUGGGGCUUCUCUGGGAUCAUGCGAUGAUGCAAUACCUGCUGCAAAGAUUCUGAGGUCACUCUGGAAGCUUUUUAAUCAAAUCUAUCGGGCGAGGCUGUGUCGAACUGCCGAAAAGCCAGCAGAGCUCACCGAAGACCUAUCUCAAUACGAUGUAGUAGGCCUCGUACAAGAUAGCCCGGAGUCUCUGAGGGAUCUGAUGAGAUUACUACAGCUAAUCUUCCCUCUCAAGGAUGGUAUAGAGAUGGUACUCUCAAAUGAUUCGAACGACCGGAAAGCGGCAAUGCAACUGAUGCGACACGGUGCCAACUAUGGAAGGUCAUGGAUCGGAAACACACACAACACGAUGUCCGCCUUCUUCGGUCUAGCGAACCUUCAGCACCUUCUGCGCAUGGUUAAGGUUCCAGGUGAACGUAUCCACAUGCUCCGCACACUAUGUGCCAAGUAUCAGCUGAAUUCUUCUGACUAUGUGAUUCGCUUCCGGACUCGGUCCAAUUCUUGGGCAUAUUCACAGAUCACAGCUGAGCCAGCUGAGCAUCUAGACGCUGUACGUGGUGGUAUGAAAAGAAAACGCGCCGAUUGUGAAACGGUGGACGAAGACACGAUCGAAUGCCUUGAAGUCCCGCCAGGAGAAAACUGGGUUUGCAUCGCUACCCUCGCGGCAUCCAAAGGCCAUGCUGUUCAGGCCGCUACACCCGGUGUAUAUGAAGACAUCUUUGCAGAGCUGUUGGAAGAUAGUCCUCAGGCCGGUCAGUCGGUCUUGUUUGACUUUGCAUUCGGGGACCACAAUCUUGCAGCCGUUUACAGAAAACAAAACAACCGAUCCUCUGCCCAGACCGAGACAUUUCCCAGCAUCGUCCCGUUGUCAAUGGUCCAGGAUUUGCUUGAUAAAAAUCGUCUAAGGCUUGGUACAGUGGCCCAGCAGCUUUUGAGCCACUUCGGAUCUUCUCAACCGCUCCACGAAAACUCCCUCCUCGCUCUCGGGCGCGUGGUGGACUAUUACAAGCGCUACCUACCCCAGGCUACAGUGUCCAUGGGAGUGAUCAAGAAUCCUGUCCACUCAUGGAAAUGGGUACAGUCAGUUAUCCAUGAGCUCGACAUGUCGGGCCCUCUCGCCGAGCACCAAGCUCGCGAGGGAUAUUUUCAGGACUCUGUCUAUCCCACCACUUUAUCCCGGGAGCACGCAUUUGCAGCGAUCCUCCAAUUUGAGUCGGGUACUAUCAGCGUGGACACAUCGGAGCUUGCGGCUGUCCUCGCAAUAUCGAGUGGUAACUCUCUAUUCAUCGCCGAACAGCUGCUAAGCGACCCAACUUUUCCGAGAGGAACCUCAUCCUGCGCCGUCUCCCACGUGCUCGGAAAUGUGGGAAAGGCAGGCAUUGCUCUCUUGGUAUCGCCGCCCGAACUAGCAAUGCGAGAACACAGCCUUGACCGGUGGCGUUUUGUCAACCACAAUCCGUUCGACGGCGACCCGGUCGGUGGGAAAUUCGACGGCACUUCACUUCACCUGUCCUUCACCGGAUGGGAAGGGCCUGUGAGUCUGGGGUCGUCCAGCUAUGGAAGCCUGGAAGCCUACUAUCUGGAGACCACCAUCUCCGUCAACGACGGUGGAGAGUGGGUGGGGGAUGUCGAUAUCCUGAAGGGGCUGAGGGAUGUCCAGCUAUUGCUGCAUCCUCUGUCGGAGAGCACAUGCGCGCACAAGAUGGACUUCGCAGCUGCGGGUGCGGCCAUGGUUGCGAUUGACUGCUGA